AUGUCUGACGCUACGGCCGCGAGCUACAAGAAGCUCAAGGAGGACUUCGUCUCAAACCUCUCUGGUGGUUCCGCUUCAGAAAUCAACUACGUGACUGCAGUCGCUCCCGUCGCCGUCCUGCUAUGGUCCGUUCUCCAGUCCCGCCAGUCCUUCUUCAAGCCAUACACUGUGCUGGGAGCUGUCCUCGACUACCUCCUCAACGUCACCGCCAUUCUCCUCUCCACGACUCUCUACGCUUCCUCCCCCCUCCUCCUGAGCGCACUACUCCUCGCCCCCGCCGCCUUAACCUACGCCUUCCCUCCCAAUCUCGGCGCCAGUCGCAAAAAGCCUGCCAUACCCCCCAAUGCCAAGUCCAAGGCCGCCGCCGCGGGCACUCCUAAAGCGUCGCCUUCGGCGUUGCCCCUCAAGCCGUUUCUGACGCACUAUCGUGGCAGCAUGCUCGUCGUCACCUGCAUCGCCAUCCUCGCCGUUGACUUCCGCCUUUUCCCCCGCCGCUUCGCCAAGGUUGAGACCUGGGGCACAUCGCUGAUGGAUAUGGGCGUCGGCUCCUUCGUCUAUAGUGCUGGCCUUGUCGCUGCGAGACCUGUCGUGAAGGAGCGCGCCGAGGGUAGAUCGACACCCCUGACAACGCGCCUGUUGCAAUCGAUGCGCCAUUCCUUACCGCUACUUGUGCUGGGUGUCAUCCGCCUGCUCAGCGUCAAGGGCCUCGAUUACGCCGAACAUGUCUCCGAGUACGGUGUACACUGGAACUUCUUCUUCACACUCGGCUUCCUGCCGCCCUUUGUAGCCAUCUUCCAGUCCGCCCUCAAGAUUGUCCCCAGCUACGCCGCCCUCGCCAUCAUUCUCAGUGUUCUGUACCAGGUCGCCCUCGAGAGCACGGAUCUGAAGGCCUACAUUCUGACCGCACCAAGAGUAGACCUGCUUUCCAAGAACCGAGAAGGUAUAUUCAGCUUCUUCGGCUACCUGGCCAUCUUCCUUGCUGGCCAGGACACGGGCAUGUACGUCCUGCCUCGCAGCAUCAACCCCAAGAGCGACGGCACCCCUUCCACCCAGCGGAAGACGCUUCUCUUGACCAUGGCCGUAUGGUCUGCUGUGUGGGCCAGUCUUUUCUUCUUGACCACAAGCUACAGCUAUGGCGACGGGUUGAGUGUUUCGCGUCGUCUUGCGAACCUGCCCUACGUACUUUGGACAGCAGCCUUCAACUCAACGCAGCUUUUGGCCUAUGCGGUUGUCGAUACCCUCUUCUUCCCAUCGUCUUACAACGCCGCCGACGCCAAGGCGGAGAGGGAGGCUUACGAGACUGCCACAAGCAGGGUCCUCCGUGCGUACAAUCGUAACGGUUUGUUCCUAUUCCUUGUCGCCAACGUCUUGACCGGCCUGAUCAACAUGACCGUGCCGACGCUGCAUGUUGGGCCGCUAGCGGCUAUGAGCAUCUUGAUCGCGUACAGUGCAGCAAUCACGGGCACUGCUCUUGGCCUAGAUGCCUACGGUAUUUCCAUCAAAUUGUAG